CGCCCCUCUCGCUCUCUCUCUCUCUCGAAGGUGAAGAAGCUAUGGGCGUGAAGUAUCUGUGGGAUGUUUUGGAGCCUUGUAAGAAGACUUUCCCACUCGAUCAUCUUCAAAACAAAAGGGUAUGCGUAGAUCUCUCUUGUUGGAUGGUGGAGUUGCAUAAAGUUAACAAAUCUUAUUGCGCCACCAAAGAAAAAGUUUAUCUUCGAGGACUCUUUCACCGUCUCCGAGCCCUAAUUGCCCUAAACUGCUCCAUCAUUUUAGUCUCAGAUGGUGCAAUUCCUGGAAUAAAAGUGCCAACUUAUAGGCGUCGGUUGAAAGCAAGAUUCGAGGUCGCUGAUGAUGGCGUUGAACCUGGGAAAGAGACUUCACUCAAAAGAAAUAUGGGGUCCGAGUUCUCCUGCAUCAUAAAAGAGGCUAAAGUUAUUGCAUCAACACUGGGAAUACUGUGUUUAGACGGGAUUGAGGAAGCUGAGGCACAAUGCGCUCUUCUAAAUUCAGAAUCCUUAUGUGACGCCUGUUUUAGCUCUGAUUCAGAUAUCUUCCUUUUUGGUGCAAAGACUGUAUACAGGGAAAUAUGUCUUGGUGACGGAGGUUAUGUUGUUUGCUAUGAUAUGGAUGACAUCAAGAAAAAGCUUGGGCUUGGUCAGAACUCAUUGAUAGCUCUAGCGCUUUUGCUUGGCAGUGACUACUCUCAGGGAGUUCGUGGUCUUCGUCAGGAGAGAGCUUGUGAGCUUGUUAAGUCGAUUGGAGAAAAUGUUAUUCUUCAAAAAGUUGCAUCGGAAGGACUUGCCUUUGCGGAAAAACCUAAAAAGUCUAAGAAGCAAGUUAAGCCUUCUGUGUGCAGUAAAAAAGGGACCUUACCUUUGGUGGUUAUGAAUGGAAAAAAUAGUGAACCAGAAGGACUGGAACAGAUCAAGCAGGUGAUCGAUGCGUUCAUGAACCCCAAGUGCCACCAAGCAGACUCUAAUACAGUUUCCAGGGCCCUAGCUGAAUUCUCUUUCCAACGCACCAAGCUUCAGGAGAUAUGCCACCAGUUCUUUGAGUGGCCCCCAGAGAAAAAAGAUGAAUACAUACUUCCUAAAGUUGCUGAAAGAAAUCUGAGAAGGUUCGCUAUUUUGCAAUCAAAAACAACUGAGGUUGAAGUUAAUCUUCCUCUCCAUAAGCCAGAGAAGUGUCCGGUGUCUGAAAUCAUAAAGACUCGCAAAGUACAGGGACGAGAAUGUUUUGAAGUCUCAUGGAAUGAUCUAGAAGGGUUAGAGACGUCCAUUGUUCCUGCAGAUCUUGUAGAAAGGGCUUGUCCUGAGAAGAUCAUAGAGUUCAAGGAGAAACUGGCAGCAAAGAAGAAGAAACCAAAGCCGAAACAAAAGCAGAAGGAAAGUAGUUCACCGACCAAAUCUUCUUCUCUUGCCGAACUCAGGCAUUGUAUAAGAAUAAUGUUAUGAGACUUCUUUAAUCUUUUUAU